AUGACUUGUACCGGAGUUUGUCAAGGUUGGAUAAAACAUGCCACCCUUAUAAAUAAUUGUUAUCCUACGAGCCCUGAAGAGACUCGUCCGAAGUCAAGCGAACUUUCUUAUCUCGUUUUUUAUGCUAAAUCAAAGCCAGCUAAACUGACUAAAUGUGGUGUUUAUUUGGAAAAAAGAGUAGUUACUGACAUUCGAAAGAAAAGAAAGCAGGAUACAGAAAUUUCUUUACAAAUUAUAAAAUCUCUACUCGAAGAAUGUAAAAAGGAUCUUAAUUUAUUUUCAAAGAACGUUGUUAAAAUUAUCGCAUCAUCGUUAAGUACAAAUGACAUUGAUUUAGUCGCACGUGCUGCUUCAGUGUUCAUCGUUUUUUGCGCGGAUCAUGAUGGAUCUACAAUUGGAGUUGAUACGGAAUUUACUAUUAUUUACGAAAAUUUGAUCGAACGAUUUGCUAAUUAUGCUACAUAUAAAUAUGAGGCUGAUCAGAAUUUAGAAAGAAGGUACCGUUCCAUUGGCCUUUAUGUUCUUCAAGGAGUAGUAACCUCCAGUGCCUUACACGCGACCGAUGCUAUAAUUCAAUUGCAAUAUAUCGUUCCUGCUAUAUUACAUAAUUUAACUGACGAUUUAGAAACUUUACAAAAAAUUGAUAACGAGUCGGUCGACGAAAAACAUUCCAUGCCACAAUCACGACGAUUUUCAAUUAAUAAUACAAUUAUUUCGAUUGAAGAUAAUACUCAUCUUGCGUAUGAUUGCUUAAAACAAUUAUUUAUAGUGUCGAACACAGAUUCUGAUUUACAAUGUUCUCUUAAACCUGUUUUUAAGUUUUUGGAAGAUAAUGAUAUUUGGUGGCCAAAUUCAUUUGCCAUUAGUUUAGCUUUAGUUAUUCUUUCUUCUAUUCAGCGACAAUGCCGUCAUAUACUUGUCUCCGAAAUAAUACGGCGACUUGAUUCUUUACCGGACAAUUCUAGUUUAUCCAAAAAAAUUACAUUUAUUGAAAUGUUAAUAUCUAUUUUAACAAGCGAUUUAACUAUUGUUGGACUUUCAGUAUUAGAAGUUUUGGACUGUUUGCUUAGCCAUUUACUAAGCUCAUUGAAAAAUGGAGACAUUAAAUUUGAACAAAUAAGUAUAAACUUUAAAGGUAGUAAUAUAAUGACUGAAAAAGCCCAAGAUUUGGAAACAAUGAUUGUACAGAGACUUAUAACUUGCAUUGGUGGUCUUGUGACACAUAUUUACUAUGCCAAACAGAUCAGUGAUAUUGUAGAACAUAUUAUUAAGCAUUUAAAUUUACAAACCGAUCCUGAAACCAAACAGGAUAAUAAUGGUAGUUUUAUUGCUGAAGGAAUACCUCUCAAUAUAUUACGUAAAACAUUAUUAAGAUGUUUGAGUAUAGUUAUACAAACCAAUAAAAAGGCUGAAAAAAGAUCAUCGGAAAUGUCAAUAUGUAAAGUUCCUGUUGAAGUAUUUCACAAUACUAUCGGUUUAUGCAUGGACGAAGACCUUGAUGUAAGAAUUAUGUAUGCUCAAAUUCUUUCCACAUUUUUGGAUAAUGUCGAUUCAUCAAAGGAAUCUAAGGAAACUGAUUCAGUACAGAUCACAUAUUUCAAUCAGCCUGCUAUUCACUUUCUGAAUACGCUUCACUUGUCACUGUAUCAAUACGCAUUAUUAGAGAAUUCAAAACCUGCUGAUAAUGUAGCUUUACUUUUCAUAUUACGUUCAUUAUUGUUACGAUUUAGAGCUGAUCAAGUUAUUCGAGGAAUUCCAGUUCUUUUCAAAUUACAGUCUGAAGCUAAAGACGAAAAACUUAAUAACUUUGCUCGUCAACGAGCUAUAGCUAGUGUUAUCACAUUAUACUUUUAUAAUAUCGCUCAAGUUUUAGGCAUUACAGAAUUACAGCAAUAUGUAGAAAUGGUACAAAAAGAACGUGUAGAAAAAUGUCAAUGGUCAACUUAUAUUAAUGUAAUACCUUCAGAAAAUAAUUUAGAUAAUGUAGAUUUAUCAGCGUCUUUUGAAGAUGAAGACAAAAAUAAUCAAACUUUACAACCGGUUAAUAUAUGGCUUGAUCGACAAACAAUAGUUUCGAUACUUUGUAAACAUAAAGAAAUUUUAGAUUUUGAUGACACGAAUGUAGAAGAAAAAUUGAUGACAGAGUGGAAACCUGAAGAAGGUUUUAAUGAAGUCAAAAAUGAAGCACGUCGAAUUAGAUCAUCUAGAAUAUUCGAAGCUGAUAAACUUAAAUUAGUUGUUACACAUCCUAAACCUACUAUGAUGAACUUGGAAAAUAGUUCUGAUGAUUUGCCACCUAAAGUAAAGACCGAUAAUUUUAAAGAGACUUUAGCUGUCCAACUGAUGAACGAUUCAUCAGAGCAUGAAACUUCUGUUGCAUCAGAUAGAGAAUCAGGGUAUAUGGUUCCAAUUGGUAAUAACAAAAAGAACAAAAGAAAAAAUAAACCGAAAAAUGAAGCAAGUGCAUUCUUAUCAACGAUUGAUCCAAAAGCUGCGAGUACAACAAGUUUGGUGAAUCCUCCCUAUCGACAAUCUUAA